AGCGCACCGCCCCGCCUUGCCGCCGCUUGGGUAUCCAGGGGGGCGCUUGCGCGGGGCGGGGUACGCUUAUUUGAAUCCGGGAAGCGGCGGCAUGACUUCGGAGGCUGUGGGGCGGGAGACUGUGUCAGAAUACAUGCAGUAAUGUCUACUCAAAAGAGAAUUAAGAGCUCCAAGGCGCAAAAGAGGACUUCAGAAGGUAGUAAAAGUUGUCAAACCAACCUCUCAGCCUGGAAAAUAAAAGAGAAACCAAGUGACUCAGAGAGCAUCUUGAAACAUGGACAAAACAGUCCAGAGGAAGAUUAUCAACAUGCUGAUGAUGAAGCAGGAGACGCUCUGCAGAUAGCAGUGAGAUACUUUGAGAAAAGUCCCAUUAAAACUUCACGGAGUAAAGAUAAAACCUUGGAAAAACACUUGAAAACCGUGGAAAAUGUGGCUUGGGAGAAUGGAUUAGCUCCAGAAGGAAUUGAUGUUCUAUUAAAUGUGGCAAUCAGUGGCAAAUUUGGGAAUGCCAUAAGCACUCGGAUAUUGAAGUGUAUGAUUCCAACAACUCUAAUAUCAGAAGAUUCUGUAGUUAAGGCCGUCUCCUGGCUUUGUGUUGGCAAGUGUUCUGGUACCACCAAGGUACUUUUUUUUCGUUGGCUGGUUGCAAUGUUUGACUUUAUUGAUCACAAGGAGAAAAUUAACUUGCUUUAUGGCUUCUUUUUUGCUUCAUUGCAAGAUGAUGUACUGUGCCCUUUUGUCUGCCAUUUGUUAUAUUUAAUUACCAAAAAAGAGAAUGUCAAGCCAUUUCGUGUGAGAAAACUGCUUGAUCUUCAGGCUAAGAUGGGAAUGCAGCCUCAUCUUCAGGCCUUAUUGUCACUGUAUAAAUUCUUUGUUCCUGCUUUGAUCUCUGUAUCUUUGCCUGUAAGGAAGAAGAUCUAUUUUAAGAAUUCAGAGAAUCUGUGGAAGUCAGCUCUGAUUGCUGUGAGACAAAGAAACCAGAGAUCUUCUCCAGCUCCUCUGAAGCUGAUGUUAGGUUCAGCUAAUGUACGUUCUGUAAAAAGAAAAUGGAAUUCUCACUCAAUUAUACCAGUGCUAAACCCCAGCAGCCACAGUAAAGAAUGUGGGAAGAAAGAGAUGAGCCUUUCUGAUUGCCUCAGCAGAAAUGGGUCAUUUCCACUAGUCAGACUUCAUAGCUUCCCUCAACUUUUACAGAACAUCCAUUGCUUAGAGCUGCCUUCUCAGAUGGGCUCAGUACUAAACAACUCUCUGCUACUUCAUUACAUUAACUGUGUCAGAGAUGAGUCAGUCUUACUGAGGCUCUAUCAUUGGUUGAGUCAAACAUUACAAGAAGAAUGUGUUUGGUACAAGGUGAAUAAUUGUGAAUAUGGGAAAGAAUUUGCCGACUUCCUGGACACUAUCAUCAAUGCAGAGUGCUUCUUACAAGAGGGGUUUUAUUCCUGUGAGGCAUUCCUGUACAAAAGCCUCCCUCUCUGGGAUGGCUUCUGUUGUAGGUCACAGUUCCUUCAACUUGUGAGCUGGAUUCCUUUAAGUAGCUUCUCUGAGUUGAAGCCACUUCUUUUUGACCAUCUAGCACAGCUCUUCUUUACAUCAACCAUUUAUUUCAAGUGUAGUGUUCUUCAGAGUUUGAAAGAACUACUGCAGAAUUGGCUGUUGUGGCUUUCUCGGGAUAUCCACAUGAAACCUGUGAUUAACAGUCCUCUAGAGACAACUUUAGGUGGAUCCUUGAACUCCGUGUCUGAACUGAUUCACUAUGUAGGGCGGUUGUCCACUACUGCGAUGCGCUUGGAGAGCAACAGUACUUUCUUGCUGCACUUUAUUUUGGAUUUCUAUGAGACGGUAUGUGACAUAUAUAUAAAUUAUGACCUUCCAUUAGUGGUGGUGUUUCCUCCUGGGGUCUUCUAUCCAGCACUCCUCAGCCUGGAUUCCAGUAUCCUGAACCAGAUCUGUUACAUUAUGCACAGGUAUCAUAAAAAUUUGACUGCUGCAAAGAAAAAUGAGUUAGUGCAAAAGGCAAAAUCAGAGUUCAAUUUCAACAGCAAGACCUAUCAAGAAUUUAACCACUAUUUGACAACCAUGGUUGGUUGCCUAUGGACAUCCAAACCUUUCCAGAAAGGUCUCUACCAUAAAGGAAUACAUAUUGACCCAAAAAUCCUAGAAAAAGCUGGAAUAGCAGAAUAUAAAAACAGUUUAAAUUUAGUCCAUCACCCUGCUCUGUUGGGUUAUGCUGUUUCCUUUCUGCAGGAAUGGCCAGAAGAAAGGACAGUAAACUUGAGCUCUAUUCGGGGAAAGAAAUGGAACUGGUAUUUGGACUAUUUAUUUUCAGAGGAGUUACAAGGCCUGAAACUUUUCAUAAGAAGUAGUAUUCAUCGUUCUUCUGUUCCCUGAUCAGACAGCAUAAAGCGCAAUGGUCAACAUCAAAUGAAAGUUGAUAUAAACUGAGCAGUCUGAACUAAAUUCCUUCCUGGUUGCUAGAGAGGCCAAAUGGCUCAACUUGAGUUUCCGUAUUUGUUUUGCCAACAGUAUGCCACCCUCAAGGAGAACUUGGACUGGCCUUCUAUCCAUGGCCCAGGUUUGGCUACUUUAGUUCUCAGGAUUUAGAUUCCUUAGCUCACUAAUAAAAGAUGACUUCUAUAUCAUUAGGCUCUGCCUUCCACCAAAUUAUGCAUAAAGAUACACAUUUGUUAUAUUGUAGGAUUUUUCACAUUUUUGUGUACUAUUAGCUAUGUUGAUGGAAUAGAGCAGGUAAUGUACAGUGGCAGUUAAUUCACAUAGAUACACCUGCAAAGUACUCUACAUCAGUGAAACUUCUCUGUUGCCAUUUUCCUUACUGUGAAAAACAAUACCAGCACUGGAUUACAAGAUAUAACAUGUAUGACUAAAAGCUGGCUCUAAGUAGGUAGUAGAUGCCUGGGCCUUCACUGGUAACAAUUUAAUAAGAGAAGGAAGGGAAGAGGAUUGUGGGGUAAUUGAGACAUUCCUGCUUAUACCUGACUGAUUCCAUGAAACUGCUGUAUUUUGUUUGUAUAUAUGUGUGUGUGUGUGUGUGUAUAUAUAUAUAUAUAUAUAUAUAUAUAUAUCCAGUUUUUAAAUUUUGGGGCCCAAAUAAACUAAUUGCAACUUUACUUUCAGGGUUAAUUCUGAAGCUUUUCUUUUAUUUCACAACAGUUAGGAUAUCGUGUUGAAAAUGUGCUGUAAUUGCUUCAGUGCUACUGAUUAACUCUCCCCUCUUUAAUAAAAUU